AGGAGGGUGACUGGGACCUCUUGGGAAUCCUGGCCAAACUUGUUUCCUCCCGCUCCUCAUCCUAUAAACAAGCCUGGGGCGCUAGAGGGGAAGUCCCUGAGUCCAUGCAGCGUUGGUAAUGCUGGAGGAAGAGGGCUCCUCCUCUCUUGACCACUCUUCCUAUUAAGACUUCUCAACUCGAACUUCUUUCUCUUCCCCACCCUUCAUCUUCUAGUGUUGGAUUCUGUCAAAAGUCUCACCAGCUGCUACUACUCUACGGCCUGUUUCUCCUUACAGGAAAUAUGGGGCUGGGGGAGGGGUAUGGAGCAGACGUUGAUGUUUCCAAGGGCUGGCAGGUUGUUGCUGGGGAGAACUGGGGACUGCGGGAUUGUUCAUCUGCUCCAGUUUCUUCCUCUACCCAUGCCCUUACCCCAAUGAGCCUGGAUAGGGGAGAUCUCCAUAGGAAGGAACUUAGUCAUCUUUUCUCCCUGCUCUCACCCGUGGCAGAGCAAGGGCAGGCUUGGACCCUGGACCUACCCAUCUGCCUCUUCCCAGCCUCCUCCAUCAGUCUGAUCAGUCCUCAGGUGAAGAGUGAGGGACCCAAGCUGGUGCCCUUCUUCAAGGCCACCUGCGUGUAUUUUGUGCUCUGGCUGCCCUCGUCCAGUCCAUCGUGGGUCAGCGCCCUCAUCAAGUGCCUGCCCAUCUUCUGCCUCUGGCUCUUCCUUCUGGCCCAUGGCCUAGGAUUCCUGCUGACCCAUCCCAGUGCCACCCGCAUCUUUGCGGGGCUCGUCUUCUCUGCUCUAGGUGAUGCCUUCCUCAUCUGGCAGGACCAGGGUUACUUUAUGCACGGUCUGCUGAUGUUUGCUGUGACCCACGUGCUCUACGCCUCAGCCUUUGGCAUGCGGCCAUUGGCUCUUCGGACAGGCCUGGUGAUGGCAGUGCUGUCGGGCCUGUGCUAUGCUCUCCUCUACCCAUGCCUCUCAGGUGCCUUCACUUAUCUGGUGGGGAUCUAUGUGGCCCUCAUCGGCUUCAUGGGCUGGCGGGCUGUGGCAGGACUCCGGCUGGUCGGGGCAGCCUGGCGCUGGACCGAGCUGGCAGCAGGCAGUGGUGCGCUGCUCUUUAUCAUCUCAGACCUGACCAUCGCCCUCAGCAAGUUCUGCUUCCCGGUGCCCUACGCAAGGGCACUCAUCAUGUCUACCUACUAUGCUGCCCAGAUGUUCAUCGCCCUGUCUGCCGUUGAGAGCCGGGAGCCAGUGGAAGACUACAGACAGAGCAAGGCCAACUGAAGGGCCAGGGUCUGGUUACCCCUCUCUCCUUCUGGGGCAGGGGUCCAGAACCUGCAAGAACUGGGUUAGGAUGGCUGUAGGCCUAAGCUGGAGGAGCAGAUACCACCUGGAAAAUGUACAAGUUUGAGGGGGUAAGCAGGAAAAGGAUCUCUCUAGCAAAGCUCGUGGUCUGAAACAAUUCUGAGAGCCCCAAAGAGCCAGCCUAAUUCCCCUUGAGCCAGGGCCGGAAUUAGACCUCUCCCCACCUCUAACCCCACCGGGACUGUCAAAGCCCCUCUGGAGGGUGAUGGUGCUCCAUGUCUUGACCUCCCCCCACUUCUACUAGAUGGAAGAGUCUGACUGACACAUUCCUGCUCUUUCUCAUCUGUACAGAGUUGAGGGAAGAGAGAAGUCUGAGCUGAGAUGACCCAAACCCAGGGCUUGAAGCCCCUUUUGCAGGCCCCUAGUUGGGAAGAUUGGAUGAGGGUGGAGUCUCCCUUUCCUUCAUCUAUCCUUGUUACUUGAACAAUCUCCGUUUCUAAGUGUUGGGUGGGAAGGUGUAGGGGCGUCUUGUUGAGGUAGGUGAGACUAGGGACUUCAUUGGCCUGGGAGCUUGGGUGACCAAGGAUUUAAGUUGGUCCCAUCUCUCUCAGGGGCCAGCCCAGAGUGCAGGCCCACCACCACCACCCUUAGACCCUGUCCCCAGGGCUAGAGUGAACCAUGCCAAAGGAAGGGGCCAGCCUGUAUGUGUGUAUGUGAGUCUAUGUGUAUGUGGUCUGUCUCCCCAGCCUGUCUGUCUUACUGUGCCAUCUGUCUCUGUCCUGCUGUCUAAGUCUUAUAGGGAGAGGGCCUCAGGGAGUUGCUGAGAGGGUGCUGAGCCUGGCUUAGAGAGCUGGGACCCUACCCUGCCUCCAUCAGUGCUUUUCUGUCUGCCCCUUCUGCACUGGGAGCCAGAGGAGGGGGCUCCAAUGACAUUCUAGGGUCAUAAGACCUAAGGCACAUUCAAUGCAAAAGGAGCAAGGAUGGGACAGCUCCAUCCUUUGCUGCUCAUGUGAAAAAAAAUUAAAUAAAAACCAAGGGCCGUUGGCUGUCCUCUUGUC